GUUUCCAUUGGCGGGUGCCCCACCAGCGCGCCGGGAACAGCCAAUGAGAAGCGGCGGCCCCGGGCGGUGCCAGCCGGAAGUAGGAAGUGGCCAGUGGCCGCGGGGUCCGGCGGCGCCAUGGGGGCUGUGCUGGGCCUGUGCUCGCUGGCCAGCUGGGUUCCUUGCCUGUGCAGCGGUGCUUCCUGCCUGUUGUGCCGUUGCUGUCCCAACAGCAAGAACUCGACGGUGACGCGCCUCGUUUAUGCCUUCCUCCUCCUCCUCAGCACUGCUCUCGCCUGCAUUAUGCUGGCGCCGGGGAUGGAAGAGCAGCUGAAGAAGAUACCUGGAUUUUGUGAUGAGGGUCUUCAUACUCAGAUACCACAUUUGAAUGGCUUUGUCAGCUGUGAUGUGUUUGUUGGAUACAGAGCUGUCUAUCGAGUCAGCUUUGCCAUGGCAGUGUUCUUCUUCCUCCUGUCAGUGCUCAUGAUACAAGUGAAAACGAGCAAUGAUCCAAGAGCCUCAAUACACAAUGGGUUCUGGUUCUUCAAAAUAGCUGCUAUUGUGGCUAUCAUGGUUGGAGCAUUUUACAUUCCUGAAGGGCCUUUCACAAGAGCUUGGUUUGCUAUUGGUAUAUUUGGAGCCUCCUGCUUCAUUCUUAUCCAGCUGGUGCUUCUGAUGGACUUUGCUCACUCCUGGAAUGAGAGCUGGGUGAAUAGAAUGGACGAGGGAAAUACUAAAUGUUGGUAUGCAGCUCUGCUGUUCUGUACAAGCUUGUUCUAUGCCUUAUCGCUGGUUUUUGUUGUGCUCUUCUCUAUUUUCUACACGAAGCCUGAUGACUGCACUGAGAACAAGUUCUUCAUCAGCAUUAACUUGAUCCUCUGUGUUGCUGUCUCUGUUGUUUCCGUCCUUCCAAAAGUUCAGGAACAUCAUCCUCGCUCUGGCCUCCUCCAGUCCUCUGUGAUCACACUCUACACGAUGUAUCUCACUUGGUCAGCCAUGUCCAACGAGCCCGAACGGAACUGCAACCCAAGUUUGCUGAACAUCAUUACCCAGAUAGCUGCACCCACUGUUGUUCCGGCAAAUACCACUGUUGUACCUGCUACUCCAGCUCCACCCAAGUCCUUACAGUGGUGGGAUGCCCAGAGUGUGAUUGGAUUGGUUAUCUUUGUCCUUUGCCUCUUGUAUUCCAGCAUUCGCUCUUCAAGUAACAGCCAGGUGAACAAGCUGACGCUGUCUGGGAGUGACAGUGCCAUUCUGGAGGAGACUGUGGGAACAGGCAGCGGGGCUGCAGAUGAAGAUGUGCGCCGUGUCAUAGAUAACGAGAAGGAUGGUGUUCAGUACAGCUAUGCCUUCUUUCACUUCAUGCUUUUCCUUGCUGCUCUUUACAUCAUGAUGACGCUCACAAACUGGUACAGCCCUGAUGCGGAUUUUAAGACGAUGACAAGUAAGUGGCCAGCCGUGUGGAUGAAGAUAACCUCCAGCUGGGUUUGUCUGCUUCUCUAUCUCUGGACCCUUGUGGCUCCUCUUGUCCUUACUAACAGGGACUUCAGUUAAAUUGUUGCACCUGUCUGAGUAUACAGAAGUGGGGGAACUGUUUGCUCAAAGCCAAAAUGUUUAUAUAUUGCUUUAGUUACACUGCAUAUGUUAAUGUUUCUUAUUAAUAUGCAGGUGGAUAGAGUUAUGUUCUGCAUAAUGCUUGAUGCAGAUUCAAGGUUAUCAGUUAUCUUUCUAUUGUAACCUUCAGUCAUGGUUAUCUUAUUACUGCAUUUUUUAAAUUUAGUACAGCUGUGCUGUCCAAGCACAAAAUAUCUGUUCUGUCCAAUAGCCACAACCUUCCCUCUGAACAGAAGUAACAUUUAGCUAAAUAUGAAGUAAUAUUUGAAAGAACAAUUAUAUUCUACAUAAUGCACUACUGUUCCUGGAAGUGUAAGCCAUACUGCUUGAUUUCUACAUUCCACUGCACACAUAUUUGAAGUAUACUUACCUUCCUAUGUUGUGGCAACUCCUCCUUAUUCCUCACCAAAAGAACAGAACUUUGAGGUUGAAAAACAGGUUAACUCUAAUUCCUUUAAAGAACAAACUUGCUCUUUCUAAGAGGCAACUUCUAUGGUAACUUUUUCAGUAUGCUAAUAUGUGGCAAGUGUAUGACUUGUUUAAACAACUUUAUGAUUAUGGUGGAAAAAUAGAGCUUCUAAUUGAUUUCACUUGUCUAAUAUGCUUACAAAAGUAAUGUACGUGAAACUACUAUUGGCACGAGGGCAUUUGCACUGUAAACUUGUUUGAGUAAAGUGGACUAACUACUGAAACUGUCCCAGCUCUGUUGAAGUGUUAAGCAGCAGCAGUUAUUCUCCAAUGCAAAAUACUACAUACAGUUAUUAAAAUGUUAAUUGGC